UUCAGAUUAUUGAAAAUUGUCUGUGACUGCAUUAUUUUGUUGGGCAGUUCUUUCGGGAACAGUCUCGUCAUUUACAUCAUUGCAAGCAACGUUCGUAUGCGAACACCGUCGAACAUUUUAAUUCUGAACCUCGCUGUGUGUGAUUUCGUGACACCUGUGGUCAGCCUUCCCUUUGACUUUGCUCUUCAAGAGUAUAACUACGUCUGGACGUUUGGUACAGCAACAUGCAAAAUUCUUUGGCCCUUAACGUCCAUGACUUCCACUUCAGCUGCUUUGACAUUGGCGGCGAUCUCCUUGGAUCGUUAUCGUACGAUAAUGCACCCGUUUAAGUCUCGACUUACAAUGGUUAAAAUCAAAUUCAUCAUUGCGGGAAUCUAUGCAUUUUCUCUGCUAAUGGUCACGCCGUAUUCGUAUAUGCUGGAUGUAGAUUGUCACCAGUGCCACGAAAAGUGGCCUGACAUCUUUUACAAGAAAUAUUACACAUUGGCCCUUUGCAUGGUACGAUAUUUUCUUCCCCUGUUUUUCAUGAUGGUGAUGUACGCUUUGGCUCUAAAAAAUUUGUACACGAGUACAGAUAAAACGAGGUCCGGUAAAACGCAGAAAGAAAAGGCAGCCGUCAAUAACAGCCAAAUGGUGAAGGAGGCGACUUCUCCAGAACCUUUGAGGAAAGUUUCCUCUACUGUUCGUCUAGUACGAAAGUUAUCAUCGACUGUGAGACGAGGAACGAACGUAGCAAACAAACAGGCGACCAAAAUGUUCAUCGUGGUAGUGGUGGUUUUUACUAUUUGCAUGUUCCCUAAUCAAGCUCUAUGGUUAUGGGCGGAUUUUAGUUCCAGUGCAGGAGAGAUCAAAUGGUUUUCAAAGGCUAUUGUUAUUUGCUGGCUUUUUACCUACUCGAACAGCGUGUGUAAUCCUGUUAUUUACGUAGCGUUCAGCCGCGAUUUCAGGAGAGGCUUCAAACGGGUUCUGAGGAGAUUGUUCUGCUUCCGUCGCCACAAGCUAAGAAGUGGUUCAAACGCGCAUUUAGUGGCUAAACUAACCUCAGAGUUGAAAGGAGCUGCCUCGAACACGGAAGGAAGAAAGAAGAAGAAAGCAGACGUCAAGCAACCACAGGUUUACCUUUUAUAAAUCGCUUUAAAAAGGCGUCUUAAUGAAGUUUAGAAAAACUAUGAUCAAGCUUCCAUUUGGAGGUGCUUGUCGUUAUCCUCACCUUGAAGAAAUGCGUGUGCAAACAUUACUGUCUCAGUGGUUAAGUUCACUUUACACUGAUACAACUACUAUACAACCCCGGACAGGCUUUCAUUUUAAUAUUCAAAAAGGAUGGUUUUCCCUUUUUCAUAAUACCCCCAUCCCCCCUAACAAUUUCGAGCACUAACACAUUAACUAGCUUUGUUCAAUACUGGGCCAGGGGCAUGGAGAAGAAGGGAAAAAGAGGUAAAAAGUACCAGUCUUCCCAACACUUUUACGAUGAUUGUAGUUUCCUGGAGAUUUGAGAAGCUAACUAUGAUAAGUACCCAGUUAGGGUAUGAUCCAGCAUGCCAGAAAGGGGAAUUUAGGAUCAAUCGUUUUUGUGAACUGUAUUUUACUUGUUCAUUUUUUACUUCCGCGUUUUCAGAAUCUUUGAGAUUUGAACAGAUACGGGAAUGAUAGAGGAGAUUUAGUCCUUUAGCGUACUUGUUAUAGAGCCUUCCCAGUUGGAGAUCUGGUAAAAAGCGUUUCCACAUUCUGAAAAUAAUUGGCAAGGAUUUGUUGCCUGAGGCCUUUCCAUUUUCAGACAACGAUUACAAUAACCCUGCCAUCUUCAGUCGGCAAUACUGUAAUUAUCUUAGGCUACAAGCAUGCAGAGAAAUAAAAUGUCCUAUUUUAAUGGUCAUAUGUCUCUGCGGAAUCGUUGCAUUGAUAUCAAAGAUAACAGCUGUGAAUUUCAAGAGUCUCUUGAAAAAGUAUUUCUUUUCUUUCAUGUGUGUCGUCUGAAGCUGAACCGGUGUCAGGGUUUUCUAUUCCCUUUGCAAGGGUAUUAGAGAACAUUGCGUCGUCAUACAGUAAAUCCUGUAGUAAGCGGAAGGUGUCCGCUAAACAGCAGUUUGUUACACUAAAUAUUUGACAGCCAGCAGGUCUUCUUCACUCAGUCGAGCCGAGUCGACGCUCGGCUGGACUGGACAGAAGGAAAGGGCCCAGAAGGGAACUGGAGAGACGUGGUCUUCUUCCCCGUUUCCCCUCGGCUGGUCAAUAAAAUAUUAUGAGAUGUGGUGCUGCUUUUGCCCAGUGAUUUCAUUAACCCUUUUAGCCCUAAUAUCCACUUACAAAUUCUCCAAACUGAUUUCCAAGCAUUACCUUAAAAAAUUAGUCGAGAGAAUGUGAUAAAAGAUCAAUUGUCAAAGCUUUUUCCCCUAGGUGAUGAUUCUAUUAAAUCUCAUAAGCUUUUCUCUUGAUCAUGUGGUGAUAUUGUGGUGAGAAAAUUGAUGUUUUUUACUAUACUAUUGGGACUUGACGGGUUAAGCGUUAUGAAAGUGCUGAAAAUGAAUGAUACAAAGCAUCUUCUUGAAUCAAAAUUAAAAUACAGAAGAAUCCCGAUUUCUCGAAUACUCAAGUUUUUCGACACUCCCAAUAAUUCGAAACCUAAACUAACUUCCCUUUACCAGCCAACACUGUAAUUUUACCCCCGAACUUUCGAUUUCCUCGAUAAUUCGAACUAGUUCGCACUUCCAAAAAAGGUUUGAAAAAUCGGGUCCUACUGUACUACGAAGGGUUCGGCCAAUGCCAAUAUUCUCCACCUCCUCCUCCCCCUGACCCCUCCCCCCCCCCUCCCACGUCGGGGCCCUCCCUUCCUAUUCCUCUCACAAACAGACUAUUUUGCGCUUGAGUGGGACAAAGAUGAUAGGCGAUUAGAGAAGGAUAAAUCGGGACAAUGGCGGAAUAUCAUAACGCUAAGAUGUCACUGUCGCAAUUGAACCCAGAACUGAUCAGUUAAGUUGACUAUUGACAUAGAGCUUUGGAAGUAGUAUUGCGUGCAAUGGGUAGUUGGGCAGAUGCUUUAAUCUGUUUGCUUUUUUUUAGAUUAGUAUUAAGCAUGUUAAGUGGGUAAUCCCGUACCGCUUUUGAAAAUAUUGCUAACAAUGCAUCUAUGGUAAAUUCAUUCCCCUUUAUUUUGUUGGGUAACUUACAGAAAGCGGAAAGCAAUCUCGUAGAUGUAAGGAAUACUUUUGAGGAAGUAAAGUAUUGUUAGCGUGACAGUCUAUACUAGUACCAGGCUUUAGACCAGGAAGUUUAAUCGCGCAGUCUUUGACAACUGGGUUGGAAGGUCCGGUUGCUGCAAAAAAAUCGUCAGCUAAUUAGCUACCAAUAAUCUCUAGCAUCCUGUUUGAGCCAACUGUUUUUAUAGAGUAAAUUAAUAUGGCACUAAAAGGAUUAGAAAGCAAUAUUGACCACUAAUUUGUUUGCAUUACGAGAUUACAUUUCAUGAAAGAACCUGAAGAGUUUAUGCGUAAAUUUACAAAUAAAUUUCUUUAUUAUUAUAAUAAUUUUGUAUUAUUGUUAUUAUUAUUAUUAUUAUUAUUAUUAUUAUUAUUAUUAUUAUUAUUUCUAUCCAUUCUAACCAAACCUCAUUUAAUACGGGAUAUCUGAUUAAACUGUUAGACAAAUUUUGCGCAAAUCUGCAUUGGAUGAUCCCUUAUUCUUGUUCACUCUUGGGGGGGUUAGAAUAACAAUGAGGCCACGCGACAGGUACAUUUAAUUAGAUGCCAAACCGGUUGUAUAUCAAUAGGAGGUUUCGUCCAAAAGAGAGUGUAAAGAAAAGAUGCAGCGACGACUUGCGGAUUGCAAUUGUAAUUAGUAUGGGCUCACCAUAUCAACCAGGUCCGGGCUUCUCUCAGUGUGAAAUGCGCUGAACGUGAUCACUCACGGCUUUGUUGGAAGUGCUAUUAAAAGCAUGUCGAAGAGAAACGGGACUGUUAUUGGUGUCAGUAAUGAAAGUUUGGCGUUGGAAGGAAUUGUUCAAGACGAAGCAUCGGGCGAUUUUAGAACCACAAAAAUAUUUUUCUAUUUUGCCAUCCUAUCUGCCAGUACCUUGGGCAACGGAAUGGUUGCAGCUAUUAUCAUUAGGAAAAUGCGCACGGCUUCACCCUUUCUAAUCCUCAACUUGGCCAUUUGUGAUCUGUUAACACCGCUGUUAAGUAUUGUGUUUGAUUUUGUCCUUGAGGAGAACAAUUACGUAUGGCUGUAUGGCCACGUCAUGUGCAAACUGUUAUGGCCAGCACAGACGUACUUUAAUGGCGCCUCUUCGCUUACACUCGCGGCGAUUUCCUUGGACCGUUAUCGACUCAUUAUGCAUCCAUUUAAGACACGCUUAUCGAGGAAACAAGUUUGCUUGAUGAUUUGUAUCGUCCAUGUUUUUUCUCUCGUGGCUGUGAGCCCUUAUGUAUAUGUUCUGACGCUCCAAGGAGGUUCUUGCAAAGAACUUUGGCCCGGUUUCACUUACAGACAAGCUUACAGCCUCUUCCUGUGUCUCUCACAAUACGUUCUCCCUUUAACAUUUAUGAUUAUUGUGUAUGGGCUUGCGAUUCGUGCCCUCUACAACACCUCAGCAAGAGUGCGUGGCAGUUCAAUCAAAGAAAAGGCUCAUCGGCAAGAAGUGACUUCGAAAAAGCCUCAAUGCAAACAUUCAUGCAAGAUCUCUAAAACAGGAGCCAUUGCAAAAAGAAUCAGUCAUAUACCAAGCAUAUGGAGUAGUCCAAAUGCAAAAGCCAUGAAAAUGUUUAUCAUUAUAGUAAUUGUGUUUGCAAUUUUCAUGUUUCCUAAUCAAGUUGUUUGGCUAUGGGCGGACUUUGGUGGCAGAAACAAGACCUCGAAUUUUCAGAAAAUUUCCAUCGUGUGUUGGUUGUUUACCUACACUAACUGUGUAGUUAAUCCUGUUAUUCUAGGUGUCCUCAGUAAAGAUUUUCGAGAGGGAUUUAAGGUGAUUUUUAAGGGUAUCUUGAUCUGUUGCGAUACAUCAUCCAAGGCAAAAGAAGCCAAAAAGGAGUUCAGAAAACAAAGUAAUAGCUGUACCAAAACUGCAUCGAUGCUACUGUCAGACGGCGAAUGUCAUGCAGUGAAGCUCAAAGAAUGCAAUCUAUAUCCCGAUGGUCAUCAACAACAGACCAGUUUACCUUAUGGCCCAAACCAACCCUUAAUAUCCUCAUAUAUUGCGACCGAAUCUCAAUGCAGGGGCUUUGAUUUGCAUCGAUCUGCAGGAACAUUUAAGAGCUUAACUCCAGAAAACAAUUUGCAGGUAAAAAGACGGGAUUUCGAUUACGCGCAUGUUUCAGCGAUUCCUGACGAGAAUUUGGCAAUUUUACCUUACUCACUUUCGUAUGAACAUUUGGAAGCAGCCUUCAACAGUUCGCCCGAGACAGACUGUUAACCAAUAUGCAAGAAACCUUAGAACAUAGUAUUCACCAAAAUCAGAAUUUCUCAGAAGAGGUCCUCAAAAGCCCAGUAAUCUGUGCACAGUAAUUUUAUAUAUAUAUUGACUUUCAAUACAUUAUUUUAAAUUAAGGAAUGUAAUUUUCGUUUUCCACGCUAUUAACCGCGCCGUUUGACAUAAGACUCCAUGCUGGCUGAAAAAAGGAAUGCCAUUGUCGUUUAAAGUUUUCCUUUCUAUGCUUGCUUGGGUGAACGCUUUUUAGAAGAAAUUUGUACUACCCAGAGCCGUUUGAUCUAAAAAAUGGGAGGUGUCAGUGUUCCCAGAACACAAAGUUUGAGUCCAUUCUCUCUUGAGAAAGACUUGCGCAUGAAAUCUCAUAUUAGCUUUUGAAGUUUUUUUUUACAGCCAUGCUAAUUGACCUUAUCAAAUUAAUUGAAAAAACCAAACGUGUUUCUCAUCCCCCACUGUUGCUGCUCUGCAGCACAGUUCCCCUAAACUGACCCCAUCAUUUGUUUGACAUAAGACCCACACUGCGGAGAAAAAUGGCCAUACUCAACUUCCUUUCUCGAGAGAGACAUACUCAAUCUUUGAUUGUUAAUUAUGAAAUGCACUACUUGGAGUGCAGUGGUUGAUUUAUGUAAUGACUGACUGUUGAGUGUCUCUUACGCCCGCGCGCGCAUGCGCAAGAGCCUUCGAGGGAUGUCUGACUCAAACGCCCAAGGCCCUGUUCGCACUACCACAAAAAUAGAGUUUGGAGUUUGCAAAAAAGGGGAAAAAUUUGUAAUCACCAAUUUUUUUGUUUUUGUAAUCUUGUUCGCAUCUAAGACACGAAGCGUCAAUUACGGGCUUUUUAAUUGGCCACGUUGUCAAAAUAGUUCACGCUCAUAGUUGCAUCAUGGGUAAGCAGGGCAAGAUCGUGGGAAAUUAGAAGAUUUGUAUUAGAAUUCAAAGCCAGCUAUUUCUUCCUGAAUUCAUAUAUUUGACGCUUUCUCUUUGCAAAGAGUUAUUUACGAGUUCAAAGAAACAAUACACUAAAUCUGGAGUGCAAAGAAGUCCGUGAUCAAUUUUUCGAAAACCUUGAUUUUCCCAUACGUUUUCUGUAAUUCGACAGUAUCAAAAUUUAUUUUAAACUUAAUCAUCUUUCGAGGAACCGGACGUAAAAUUGUAUUCCACGAGUAUGCUGAAAAGCUAAUCAAUCCAGUAAAUCCACCACCACCCCUCUCCCCUCCCCCUCACCACUUCCUCACGAAGUUUGUGGUUUGGUACAGGACCGCAAAGCUUGGAAUCGCAUGGAGGUUGUUUGUUGGCACCACUGGUAACCCUCAUGAGCGCCCAAGCCAAGCCAUGAGAGAGAGUCUUGUAGCCGACUUAGGCAAUCUUGAGUUGGCUUCUGAUUAGCUCUUGGGAUGCCUGUGGUAAGUUUCGCACUACUUUGAAGUAAGAAAUUCCUAGCUCGACUCAAUCUGUAAAUCAAUGUGACCAUUGAAUAAGGGUCCAAUCCCGUCAUCCCGACCCGAUGGUUGCUUUCUGCAUCCCGCAUCCCGUGUGCGUGCUUUCAAUCCAGAUCGCCCCAAUCCGGGAAGUUUGUGCUUGUAGAAUCCGGAAUCCGGAAAAAAUUUGCAUGUGGAAUCCGGAAUCCCGGGCUUUGGCAUCUGGAAUACAGCUCAAAGAAUCCGCAACCCCACUAGCGAUUGGAAUCCAGAAUCCAAGUUCCACUGACAGAGAUUGGAAUCCAGUACCUGGAAUCCGGAAUCCGUGACGUGGAAUCCAGAAUCCAAGACUGUCUUGGAUUCCUUUACAUGGGGCGAAUCCAGAAUUGAAUCCGUUUAACAUUUUGUUUUAAAAUCCCGAAUCCCGGCCUUCGAUCAAAUAAGGCAAAUCCCGAAUUCUCGUGUAAAACCUCAGGGGCAACGGUCCUCUUUAAUGUCUGAUUAGGAUAAAUCUGGAAAAUUUGCAGCACAGGUUUGACGGGAUGUCAUGAAAAUCCGCCAAUCCGGCGAAGAAGGGAAUUUUUGAGGCAAACCUACGCUGACGUCGGUCUCGUCUCGCGGAACGUGACAGUGGCGGAGGAACCGAAUGAUCUGAGAGGCGGUUUGUUUCCCAAGCCAAGCUUUCUUAGUGUUGUUGUAUCCGUUACAGCGAGUCCAAAACUUCUCUAUGACUUGGUGCAUCACACACCUUUAAAAUUGCUAUAAUUUUUUUACAAAUUUUGCUUUUUUUUAAUGGCGGGAUUCCGGAAAUAAAAUACAUCCUAUCAAGAGUCUAAGUUAAUUAGCCAAGAAAAUUGAUCCGCAAACCCAGUGUUGAAUGGAUAGGGUGGCAAGGUCACUCUAGUCAGACUUUGAUCAAACGGCUUGGGAAAAGUCCAUGAUUCGUGGUUAGUAGAUAUUACCCAAAAAUGGUUGUCAACAACUCUACAAUUCAAGACGAAACAACAACCAGCCUGGAGACAACAGAGUUUAGAAUCAUAAGAAUAACAUUGUACGUGUUAAUUUUAUUUCUAAGCUGUAUCGGGAACAGUUUAGUUGCAGUUGUUAUUAUCAUAGCUCGAGGAAUGCGGACAUCGUCAAACGUGCUAAUCCUGAGUCUUGCUGUAUGUGAUUUCUUGACUCCAGUUCUCAGUAUUCCGUUUGAUAUGGCUUAUGAGGAAAAAAACUACAUUUGGCCCUUUGGAAGGGUAAUGUGUAAAGCUCUUUGGCCUUUGCAAACAGCGUCCUCGACGUCUUCCAGUCUUAUUCUGGCAGCAAUCAGUUUGGACAGAUUUAGGACUCUUGUAAAACCCUUAGGCUGGUACAUCUCGUUGGGCAAAUUGGUUGUUUGUGUGCUGUCAAUUAACGCCGUUUCUAUCUUUAUAUGUAUCCCUUAUUUUGUCGUUUUGAAAUACAGUGCCUCUGAGAGAUCGUGCCAAGAGAGCUGGCCAGGUGAAGACUACAAACAUGCUUACACCAUAUUUCUAUUUUUGUGUCAGUACGCUUUACCUCUGCUAACCAUGUCUACAGUGUACAUACUUAUUUACAUCAGCUUACGUUCCAAUCUGAUUAGGCUGUUUUCUAUGGAUGCCGAACGUGGAAGCCGCGCUUUUAGCAGAGAAUCGACUAGAAGCACAGAUAGCAGGGAUUUUCGACGAAGGGAACAGAACAUUCGUUUGGCAAAGAUGUUUGUUAUUGUUGUCGUGGUGUUUGCAAUCAGCAUGUUUCCAAAUCAAGUUCUUUGGUUUUGGAUCGACUUUGGAAAUGGUCGAGACCAUCAUGUUUUUCAUUACAUAUCUGUUGUAUGUCGUCUUUGCACCUACGCAAACAGUGUUUUGAACCCGUUUAUUUAUGCUCUAAAGAGCAAAGAGUUUAGAUCUGGGUUUGCAAAGAUUGGGCGUGCAACGGUUAUGAAGCCACUGAGAAAAAUCAGCACCGAUGGCAGAAAAUUUGUGCGAAAAUUAAGUGGAAAUGUUUUGGAAAGACAACGCCCUAUUCCAGUUGAGAUGAAAUCUUCU